AUGAAAGCAUCCUUAUUUAUUGACGAUGAAUUUAGCGAUGACACAAACACGGGUAAGAUUUGGGUCGAUAAAAAGCGUCGAUUUAAUCUACAACUUACUCAACUAUUAGGCGUAGAAGAUCUAUUUUUGACGGUGUAUAGCUUUAUUAAUCUUUGCACAGGGUGGGGCAUCUUUGUGGCCCGAUUUGAAUUGGCUUUAACUUCUUUAGUUUUUGGCCAAAUCUUAAAAUUAUUUUUUCCCUGAAUCCUCAGACAACCCCAUUUUGUUUGAUACUAAGUAUGUUAUACAUAGGUAAGUGUCUUCUACAGUUAUUGGAUUUAUUCUUGGAGUUCAUUUUUUCGGUUGUUUUUUCAAAUCGGGCCACAAAGAUGCCCCACCCUGUAUUGAAUUUUCAGAUGGCCGGCAUAUAAAGGUCGUCCUCAAUGAGCCGCAGGAAGAACAUUAUACGGAGCGCCUAAUACCGGCUAUUGAGCUGUUGCGGCAAGCUUUUAUUGGUGGAAAGCAUGACGAACUAUACAUCGGAAUCUUCGCGGAAAGCAUGCCAUGGUCGAGGAUGAAGAAUUCCAGACAAGCCGGCAGGAUGUUACAGGGUAUUUUGACCAUAUUAUAUACAUAUAUACAUAUAAAAAAAUAUUUUUAGAACUCGCGAAGACCAUGAAAAUUGUAACUCUCGAAUUAUACUUUGAUCGAAAUUUCGUCUUUACACCAUUGCUAAAAGAGUUAGUACCAGUUGUAACAGAUUUGAAGUGUGGCGUCAAGGAACUAGCCCUCUUUGAAGGAUGUAAUCUAAAGUCUUUUGAGAUCACAGAUACCGAUAGAGAUGGAUGUAGGUUGAACUUCUUGGUCAUCGCAUUUCAGAUACGUACCCAAUGUUUCAAAUAAAUCUGGAACACCUGAUAUGCAACUACCAAUAUUUUUUGCAAGAUUUUAUGCGGCGUGGGUAAGAUAAAUACAUAUUUUAAACAAAGUUUUAUACGAGUUUAUGUUUGUCGGGAAAAUAAUGUGUGCGGAAAUACAUGUUUUGGUUGCGAAAUUAUUUGCCACCAAGUGUCGUUUGAGUCUGUCGAGAAAGAUAAGCGAUGCGAUUUUGGAUUCGAAAUUGUACCCAUUAUUUUCCAGACAGACUAAUAGCUGUGGUGAUACAUAUACUUGUGAAAACAAAGGUCUUUUUCUACACAGUCUUAACGCCAAAAGUCAUUCUAGUGGCAUUCCGGACUAGUUUACCCAUAACUAUCCCGCAGGACCUACAACACCAUCUUGCGUGUUAUUUCUGUUUCAGAUACCCCCUAAAAUCUUCGAUUAAACAAAUUACUUGUCCACUUUUCGUUGAUGACACGCCUGCUGAAGACGAUUACCGACUCUUAUUUGAAGAGCUAUUGAUUUGCAUGCCAAAUAUCGAACAGAUCACGAUGAACAAGGGGAGAUUUAUUGAAGAAGAUGUAAGCAUAAAGACCGUGAUAUAAUUUUAAAAGCGGAAUAUUGAAGCUUAUAUCACUCGUAUGGUUUCGCAUUUUCUUGGUAUCGGAAAGUAUACUCCCGUUGCAACGGAGAUCAAUGCCUCACUUGCAGCUCCUCCUCGAAUGAAGGAGAAUGUUUUGACUGUCCUAGACAAGGCCUUAACGGUUGCUGGCAUUACGACGACUAAAAACGAGGAUCAAAUAACCUUUGUGCUGCGGCGAGUUACCGUGAACAUUCGUUUUGAAUGGUAUAAUAACAUGUUUGAACCGGUUCUCGAACAAGCUGUCAUAGCGAUGAAUCAAGUCGACCCACGACACUUCAUACCACUCGAUGUACGUGGUGGUUUAUACGCCGCAUUAAAACAAGUUUUUUUUCUAAGGCUCGAGCGUAUCCACACUGUGGUGUCAACGUGGACAAGCUUGUUCAAAUCAAGCCAACUUUUUAGAUAUUAAUGCCUCAUUCAAACCGCAAUGGUCUCUGGCUUCAGGAACUGGAAAAAAACUAGAAAUUUAUCCAAAAUUUUUGAGAAAACAGGCAAAAACAGAAAAAAACUGAAUUUGAUGACAAAAAUCACGAAUAUUCAAAUCUUUUCCGUGGUGAGAGAGACUGGGCGUAGCUUGGAAAAAAUGGUUUCCAGGUACCGCAAAAUUCUGCCAUGCCUAUCUUAUAUGGUAAACUACACCUGGUUGCGGUAACUCGACCAAAAAUUUUUUACAGAAAAAUUACUUGCUGGUGCUACAAUUUUUUAAAUUUGGCUUGAUUUUGAACAAGUCUGAAAUUCACGUUGACAAUGCGCUCGAGCCUUGCCAAAACCGUGUUUUAAGUGA